AUGGUUACUGCUGGAACCAAAAAGCCUCAAGUUUCAGUACCUACACCACCACCACCACCUUGGAAAAUCAAUUUGCAGAAAUAUGCUGAAUCCCGUGCUCUCGAACUCCAUAGUCUUCAAUCUAUCAUAGAAAAUAGAGUAAACAAUGAUUAUAGGUCUCAAAAGAACAAGAGAAGAAGGACAAUUGUGUUUGAUAACCAAAUUGCAAGAAAAGGGUGCAGAAGAAAGAGGCAGAAACUGGGAAUAAUUGAUAAAGCCCUUGCCAAAUCAGGUUUGGAGGAGAAUCACCAAAAGAAGCUUCCUCGAUGUGUUCAUCGGAGAUAUGAACUAAAGAAAAACCUAGAGAAUGGUUUUUGCACUUCUAGGGAUGUAACCAAGAGGCUGAGAACUCAUGUUUGGCAUGCAAAGUGGUUUGCUAUGACCAAGCUUUGGGGUUACCACCUUCCUUUGUGUCUUCAAUGA